AUGGAAGCUAAUAAAACCUUGUUUGUCCUAUAUCAUGAUGUCAAGGUCCAAAGCCCAGUACUGGUGGUGGAGCUGAACCUGAACAGGAUAGAAGGCACGCAGCUCCGCGCGCUGGGGCUGCUGGCUGUGUACGGGUUCAACGUGACGUACGAGGUGCGAGCGGCUACGCAGGCGCCGGGGCCAAGCUCCUGCAGCGCCAUCGAGUGUCGGCUACUGGGGCACUGCUAUGCUAGACAUGAUUAUCAGGAGUUUUACUGUUCGUGUUUCGAUGGGUACUCCGGCGUGGACUGCGGAGUGGGUCCGCUGUGUCCCACGACCUCCAACAUGUGUAAAAAUGGCGGCACCUGCAGACAGAUGGGCCCGGCCGCCGUCAGCUGUAUCUGCGCGCCUGGCUACACGGGGGACCUGUGCGAGGCGCAGGUAGCACCGCCUGGUGUAUCAGAAGCGGAAAGACUGGACAGCGGCAAGUGGUCCUGUGCAGCAGACGAUGCUGGCAGGAGACGCUGCAGAGCGUUGAGACUGACAGUAUUAAGACCACCUGAGAUACGACUAGUGCCGUCCACCUUGACUGUUCAUAAAGGUGACAAUGUAAGUAUUACUUGUCUGGCGGGAGCUGGACGAGUGCACGGUGCUCUUGGAUUCAGUUGGGCGAGAGAGAGGACUCUGCUACCCAUGGCACCAGGUAGGGAAGUCUGGGAGGAUCUUUAUCCAGCAGGCAGUGUGCUGAAGCUUUAUAACGUACAGUUUACGUUGAUAUCGAUGGGAUACUCGUGGGGCUCUGUGUCGCACGUGUCACGUCAGUACGGAGCAGUGCUGCGGUCGCUGCCCACACACCCGGGCGAGGGCGAGCCUCCCCUCACACACGCAGUGCACAUGCUCAACUACCUCAUGUCUCCUGCCGCCCAACCAACUGAUAGAUACCACAGCGCGGAGCAUCUGCUUAAUAUAUACGACAAUCUGCUCAAACACCCUGAUGCCUUCUUGGAUGAAGAGAAAGUCUUCAAUCUUCAAAAUGCUGUGAUGGACACAGCUGGCCUCAAGAAUAACUUCGACAGGCGUUUCCAGGAGUUUACAGUUAAAACGAAAGCAGCACACAAUGAUAUUGCAGCGCAUUUCGAUCUUCAACCAUUUUUGGGGAAUGAGGAAUGGUUCGCGACUUCUGUAGGAGUCGAAUUGACUGCCAAGGCCACCAACACUACCGUGGCGACUGUACUGUACCAUAACUUGGGAGCACGGCUGCCAUCGUUAAGAAGAUACAUCGAGUACAAGUCUGGCUGUGCCACACAAUAUACAGUAGCUUCGCAACAAAUACAAGUAUCCGUCAGCGGUGCGGAAGUGGACCCUACGCUUCCUCAUAUUGUUACACUGUUGUUCGCACAUUCCAAGAAUUACAGCGCUAAUGCUUUCUUGCGGGAGUCGGUCGCGUUCCUCGCCACGCGUUUGGAGUUCCCAUACUUAGGACUCGCCACCAUCGCUCUGUUUACUGUGGACAGCUCUUCACUCACAGACUCCGAAACGGACCUUCGAGGUAUUGUUAAAAUCACAGUGAGCCUGGGAAGUGCAAUGUGUCUUGUGGCAGCGUUACUGCAAUUGCUAAGCCUAGUCGCAGGGAAUGAGACCAAGCUACCUGUGAUGCUGAAAGCUGCUACAGCUGCCACACAUUCAGCUUCACUGCUGGCUUUGUUGGAAUGUGAUACCAGACACCCGCCUGCAUGUGUUGGACCAUUGGGCUGGGCAGUGGCCGCCUGCUGGUGUGCGGGGUGUGCCGCAUUGUGUGCACAACCAUUGCUUCUACACACUGAGCUGGCGGCCACAGCUACUCGAGCACCAUCUGUAGGUCUACUGGCAGGUGUGAGCACGAUGUGUUGGUUAACAGCCCGGCUGUGGGGCGGAGCACCUCUGCAGCUGGGCGCGGCCGCUAAUGUAGUCUGUGGAGCUGGUGCCGCGUUGUUAGCAGCUCUCACACUGUGCCUCGCACUCUGUGCUGCCAGGACGUUACGGACAGUGACACACAAGCUGCCGCCCGACAGACGCGAGUAUGUGCGGGAGAGAGCACGAGUGGUGCGCCAUACAUUAGUACUACUCUUCACUACUACAGCGACACAGGCUGCAGGAGUAGCGUAUGCGCAGCCAGGCGAGAGGACCAUGUCUCUCGUUGUAUCGCUGUCUAUAGCUUCGUUAGCUAAUGGUCUGGCCAUGCUAAUAUGCUACCUGAUCUGCGACGAGGAGUGUCUUCGAGCAGCUCGGCGGUUGCUCACGCUCUCCACGCACAACGAAUGGCAGGGUACUACAGAGGGAGACACAUCACUAAGUUUGUACAUAAGACAAGGUCGAGAGAUGGAGUGUCGCGGUGCAGUGGGCUCGCUGGAGUGCUCCUCGUCGCACGUGUCGCCCGCCAACACGUACUGGCGCGCCACGCCGCUGCAGAGCCCCUUGCAUCGGCGCGGGUCGAGCGGUGCGUGUGUGGCGGACAUAGUGCGCUGCGUGGAGUACAAGCAGGCUCUGCUACCACCGCGAGUUACGGAGACUCGAGCUCUCUGCGACCUUAUACCCACAGCUGGUGGUGCGGGCUCGUGCAUGGGUAACCAGUCACACGUCUCGCACGUGUGUGUCGAGUUACGUGUGUUGCCUACUUCGCCGCCAAUACCCGCCGAGUCACACAAACAACCGUACACUGGAGACUCGUCUGACACACCCAAGGAGAGCUGUAAAAUCUGCAGUCAGUCUAACCCCGACGUGUCAGCAGUGAACACAGUACCUCGUCCUAUCAAGAGCUGCCUCAAGAAGCGUCCGCCUCAACUAUCAUGGAGUACAUCCCUGCCGUCCAUUCACCACGAGAGCAACGAGCAGAAUAACUCCCAUCUACAGCUAGUGGACACACAGUCCCAAACUCCCACCACACACAGUACAUUCACACAGACAGACAAAGUGCUGCACAAGAUAUCCCACGACCUGGACUUCCUACUGAACAGGACGCCCAGUCGCGUCGCCAACAACUGUCCGCAGCAGAUAGAGGAAGCACCCACUUAG